GUUCGUCUUCUCCUCCAUCAUCAUCCACCUCCCUCCGCACGGACACUCGGACGCUCGCCCGCCAUGCGGCCUACUCAAAUUCUCCUCAAGUCGGGCCGUUCCGCCUGGAAAGGCCCGUACUUCGUCGCGUUCCCCAACCUCCGCGAGGCAGCGGAGAGCCAUAUCCCGAUCAAGACCGACGCGCGGGCAUGUACUAUCCUGCCGACAUUCGUGGGAAUCCGGUUUCUCGUGCACAACGGGCGGGACUACGUCCCGGUGGUAGUGACGCAGGACAUGGUGGGGCAUAAGCUGGGGGAGUUCUCGCCGACGAAAAAGCGGUUCACAUGGAAGAGCAAGAAGUAGACAUUUCUCCGUGCUUUCGAAAACCGCCGUUAAUACACACACUCCGCACAUCAGAAUACAUAUCCGCAUUGCAUACUCUACACGCUUUGGCCCGCGACUACUCUAACUACGCCAAUACUGCGCCAUGUCAUGGAUGCGGUCGAAUACGACCGUGAUAUACGACGUCUCGUUGAGCAGCGUCUCGAACUGCUCGUGCACGUCCCGGUGCUUGAUGUCGGGAAUGUUGGCGUCGACCAUAAGGGAGACGAGAUUGAGGAUCAGAUU